AUAACUUUUUCCUCUUCUUUUCCUUUCAGAACGAUUUCCAGUCAUGAAGAUGACAAGUUGAAGAGCGGCGAGUUUCCCUCCCAACAUGAGAACUGGAAUCCCAUCUCCAUAAGGCCCUGAAUUCUUUAGAAACUUCGACUAGUUCUUGUGGAACUUCGACUAGUUCUUGAGGAACUUCGACUUAUUUUUGUGGAACUUCGACUAGUUCUUGAGGAACUUCGACUAGUUCUUGUGGAACUUCGACUAGUUCUUGAGGAACUUCGACUAGUUCUUGUGGAACUUCGACUAGUUCUUGAGAAACUUCGACUAUUUCUUGUGGAACUUCGACUAGUUCUUGUGGAACUUCGACUAGUUCUUGAGAAACUUCGACUAUUUCUUGUGGAACUUCGACUAGUUCUUGUGGAACUUCGACUAGUUCUUGUGGAACUUCGACUAGUUCUUGUGGAACUUCGACUAGUUCUAGAGGAAUUUAAACUAGUUCUUGAAGAACGUCGACUAUUUCUUGAGGAAUUUAAACUAGUUUUUGAAGAACUUCGACUAGUUCUUUAGAAACUUCGACUAGUUCUUGUGGAACUUCGACUAGUUCUUGAGUAACUUCGACUAGUUCUUGUGGAACUUCGACUAGUUCUUGAAGAACUUCGACUAGUUCUUAAGGAACUUAAAGAACAUAGCGUUGACGGAAAGACUAUAUCACAUGUGAUAGAUGUUGUGAAAUAUCAAACAUCUUUAGUAUAAUAAUAAUAAUACUACUAAUAAUAAAAAUAAAAAUUUAGCUGAAUACAUUACCAUGUGAGAACCCAACAACUGCUCUGACACGACAUUUGCUACCAAUGAUAUAUAUAUAUAUAUAUAUAUAUAUAUAUAUAUAUAUAAUCUGAGUAUUAACAGUUGCUAAAUCUCAAAUUUACCUCUACUCUGGGAAGUAUUGAUAAACAUUCAUACAUAUGUAUAAGUAUAUAUAUGUAUGCACUCAUGACUUCACCAGUGAAUAAGCAUAUACGGGCCAUCAGGACUCAAUAGUCGAGACAAUUUGACCACAGUAAAUGUGACUGAGACUCCGGCAAGCGACAUGACGCGGAGGGCCACCCACACCACAGCAAUGGAAGACAAUGGCCACAAAAAGAGGCCAGAGGCCAGACUAGAGUACACGCGGCCACACCACUCUAGCCCCUCACAGCUGGAGCCUGUGGCCACCCUGCCCUCGCCAUCCUCAUCCAUCCCAGCUAAAUACGGACUCGGGAUGUGUACUCUCCUGCUCUUCAACCUCCUCUCAAUAGGUGAGU